AAAUGUAAGUUUUGUUUUGUUUUUUUUACCCAUUUUGAUCCAAUUUAACACAUCGAUUCAUCAACGAUGAUAACGUGAUGAGUGCAAUCGUGCAAUGUUUACUAUAUAUGGUAUGAUAUUCAAUAUGGGCUUAACUUUAAUUGGGUGAUUUCAUACAUGAGAAUUAAUGAAACUCGAUCGAAAAAAAAAUCGUUACGUAGUCGCGUUUCGAUUUAAUGGUAAUGUAACAUAAUUAUUGCGCCAUAGCACAAACAGCAAAAACAACAAAAACAAAAAAGCUCGAGCUAGAAAGCGAGACAAACAACAACGACCGAGAGAAUUUCGGCGCCGCAAAAUUGAAUACAACCAUUCAUUCAAAAGGUGUGAGCAAGUUGUUGGGCAUUUCCCAGAAAGGCAAUUCUUAUGACACGUAUGGAAACAUAACAUUGGAAUUUCAAAUUGGUUUUUCAUUGGAAAAAUCGAAUUGAAUACUUUCCGACUGUACAGCGAAGAUAAUGCGUCAAUUAUAAAUGGGUUUUUCGUUUGUGUGAUUUUGAAUUGAUAACUUAGAAAACUUGUGUGUUGCUGUUGUCGGAGGAAAAUGCCGUUUGUUUUCAUUGUCUCAAAGGCUUCGUUGAAAAGAGGUGUUGAAUGUGAUGAGUUGGUGAGAAAAUUCGUGUUAGAAAAACCCUCCCUGUAAGAACGUCUUAAAUUCAUAAGAUCCGGCUAUCAUGCCGCAUAUUUUCAUCACAAAGAGACAACCAAAUCUGGGUAUUUCAUCUGUUUCAAAAAGAAAACCAAAUGAAGCUAUUGAGACGAUGUGAUUUGUGUAUGUUUUGGUUGGGUGCUGAAAAAAAACAUAUACAAAUUUUCGAUGCAGAAGAGAAGAAUUCAACGAGAUUUCAAAUAUGGACUAGAGUGGCUGUCAAUGGUAUUUGGUUUGAAGUGAUGACAACUUCAUGUAUACCUUAUACACCGAAGCUCACACUACAACCACACAUCCGGUAUUUGUCUAUGUAUACGGAUCAGUUGAGUACUGUGAUAACCGCUACUGUCAAUGUAAUGGUAUUAUCAGUCUUAUGUGUUGGGAUAUUGUCUCAAUUGUUAUGGUAGUCGUCGCAAUUUAUUCGAGAAAGUUCAAAAAUCCAAUCAUAAUAAGUUUUGUGGUGACUUAUUUUCUUUCAUUCGUCUCUUUUGCAUACUGUUAGUUUGUUGAUUUGGACGAAUUUUCAUAUAAAACACCGGCCAUUUUUAGUUAAACUACUUCAUUUUUACUACACCGGUAUUGAGCAUUGGAAUUUUCUUCCGCCACUUCAUUGCGAUUUACAAUCGAAUUAUUCCAUUUUUUGUGCAUUUAAUUUGUCCGUAAGUGAAAAACCAAAUUUUUGAUAAUGGCAUCGGCUUUGAUCCGUGGUAUGGCAACAAGUGCCGCUGAAUCUGCCAUUAAACAUGUUACCAUCAUUGGUGGCGGUUUGAUGGGCUCCGGUAUCGCUCAAGUUGCGGCGACAGCUGGUUAUGAUGUAACUAUUGUUGAAGUCAACAAUCAGUUGGUCGAGCAGGCAAAAAAUAGCAUUAAAAAUAGCUUGGGCCGUGUGGCAAAAAAACAAUUCAAAGAUGACGGCGAUAAGCAAACCAAAUUCGUAACGGAUACUUUUAAACGCAUAAACGGUUCGUCCGAUCUGCAAGGGGUUGUCAAAGGUACCGAUUUGGUCAUUGAAGCCAUUGUUGAGAAUAUCGGCAUCAAGCACAAACUCUUCGAAUCAAUUGAUAAGGUUGCACCAAACCAUACCAUUUUCACAUCGAACACAUCAUCUUUGUCGAUUAAGGAAAUCGCGUCGGUCACCGAUCGCAAAGAUCGCUUUGGUGGUUUGCACUUUUUCAAUCCGGUGCCAGUGAUGAAAUUGCUCGAAAUUAUACGUACCACCGAUACAUCAGACGAUACGUACAAUGCAAUCCGUAAUUUUGGUGAGAAAAUUGGUAAAUCAUGCAUCGUCUGCAAAGAUACACCUGGAUUCGUGGUGAAUCGCUUGUUGGUACCAUACAUGGCGGAAUCGGUUCGUUUGUUAGAGCGUGGUGAUGCAUCGGCCCGUGACAUUGACACUGCCAUGAAAUUGGGUGCCGGCUAUCCAAUGGGACCCAUCGAAUUGUCUGACUACGUUGGUCUCGAUACCACCUACAACAUUCUCAAGGGAUGGCACGAACGUGAACCAGAAAAUCCACUGUACAAACCAAUCCCAUUGCUGGAAAAACUAGUCAAAGAUGGCAAAUUCGGCGUUAAAUCCGGUGAAGGCUUCUACAAAUACAACAAAAAAUAGAUUUUCUGAAAUCACUUUUAUGCAUUUGAAAAAAAAUAACGAAUUUAAAUACACUCAAUUGUUAUCACAAACCCUAUUUGCCCUUGAAUGAAUCUAUUUUGCACGAUAAAUGUUGAUAAAUUAACCAAUUUUUUUUACUUCUAUCGGCUGGGUAAUUAAACUAAAAUAAAUAGUUUACGAAAAA